UAAGUAAUUAGGAUAUACUUAAUAAAAGCCAAAAAUAUUCAUAAAGCAAUUGGUGUUUAGAACUACAGGGCCUCCACAUCCUUUCCAAAGUAACACAAUUUAUGGCCUAACGAAAAGGUAAACUUCGUCGAGUGGCCCAGUCAGAGCCCUGACCUCAAUCCAAUUGGAAAUCUGUGGAAUGACUUGAAGUUUUCCGUCCAUCAAUAAGCCUCUUGUAAUCUGACUGAGCUUGAACAGUCCUGUUAGGAGGAAUGAGCAAACACAGCUACACCCAAUUGUGCUAGAUGCAGACCUCUACCAAUAGAAUUAUGGCUGCACUUCAAACAAAAUGUUCUUCUACUAAAUACUAACUCAUGGGUGUGUACACUUAUUCUACCUUUUUUUUUUGGAUUUCAUUUGUAAUUACAUUUCAGAAAGUUUGAGCAUUUGUUUUUUUUCUCUUGGAGUCUUUGUGUUACACUGUAUAAAUAAAUCUAAAUAAAUUCUGAUUGAAUGUGUAUUGAGGGGUUGCGUGGGGGCACAUUUCUGGGGCCCUGGGUUCAACAAGAGAUCUGGGGUGCUAUCUGUGUGGAGUUUGUAUGUUCUCCCAUGCUCACAUCCGUAUCAUGCAGGUGCUUCUUCCCACAGUCCAAAAACAUUCACCCUAGGUGUGGGUGUGCAUGUCCGUGUGUCUGCCCUGUGAUGGACUGGCGUCCCAUCCAGGGUGUACCCUGCCUUGCACCUGCUGCAUGCCUGGAUGGACUCCAGCUCCCUCUUGACCCAGAAUUGGAAGACAUAGUUAGAAAAUUGAUGGGUGUGUCUUAAUUUGAGGCUGUUAGGCCACAAAAUGUGUUACUUUUGGAAAGAGUGUGGAGACCUUCUAUAGGCACUGUAUAUGUUAAUUAUUCAAAGUAUUCUACAAUUUUCCUAACCAUUACUAAGCUACUGUUAACAUCUCCAGUUUAUGCUAAGUAAGUUAAACAUGCACAUUGUACUGAUUAUAAGUACAUAUAUACAUUAAUGGUCUAACCUUUCCAUUAUUGUUUCCAGGAUUGUUCACAUGCUGUAGAUGUCCAUAAAAAUUGAUUUUAAUAAUUUCCUUUACCGUUCAGAAAACGUUUUUGUCCUGACUGAAAACACAGUCUACAGCUUGACUCCAGUUCCAGUUGAAGAACAACUUGAUGCCCUGCUCAAAAGUGAAAAGACAGAUGAAGCAUUAGAUCUUGUCCAAGGAGUUAAGCCUUUGUUUUCAAAAGACACAUAUAAGGUGUUGUACAGCAAUGUAACUCGAAGAGCUGGAUUUGUGAAGUUCCACCAGGAAUACUUUUCGGAAGCCAAAGACCUGUUCAUCAAAGGCAAUCUUGACCCCAAAGAAAUAAUUUCUUUAUACCCCGAACUGUCCUCUCUCAUUGCCGACUUCAAGCACUGGCCCAAUUCUGCGCGAAGCACUAGAGAUCUGCGGCUGCUGAAAGAGAGAGAUAGUGAGACAUUUGAAAAAUACACGGAAUUUCUCUGCUCUUUUCUGAGAGAUUGCCGUCUGACGGAACAGUCGGCGGACUGCAGAGAAGAAGUUGACAGGACGCUUGUGAAGCUGUACGCAGAGAGAGGAGAUUCCGAGGAGUUAAUUAAAAUAUUAUCUUCUCCUAAUGCCUGUAAGCUAAACGAAUGUGCUACUUUUCUGGAAAAAUCUCACAGAUUCUUUGCUCUAGGAUGUCUUUAUCAGAGUCAUGGCCAUAGUCUCAGUGCAAUUCAGACUUGGACUAAAAUAGUUGAUGGACACCAUCAUGAGAACAUGCAUUUUGAUGUCUACAGCCACAUAGUGGAUUUUUUAUGCUGUGAAACAGAUUUGGAAGUUGUCUGGAAAUAUGCUGACUGGGUUCUUAAGAAAAAUCAAGAGAUGGGAGUACAUAUCUUCACUAAGAGAAAGAAUAACCAGAAAUCAUUUGUUGAGGAUGAUGUCUUGAACAUGUUGAAGAAAUACUCCCUAGCUUUAAUAUUGUACCUUGAGUAUUUAGUUAAUGACCUGAAGAGUGAGGAUGAGAAGCACCAUACUCUAUUGGUAACAACAUAUGUUGAUCAAAUACUGGUGAUAAUGGAAAAGCAGGGAAUGGAAAGUGGCAAUCUGACUUUAACUGUGAAGAGAAAUAAACUGCAGGACCUGCUACAGGAGACUUCCAUUUACAACACAGCUGUUGUUCAAGACAAACUCAUGAAAACAGGCCUCCACGUGGAAAAGGCUAUUUUGAAUGGACGAGCAGGACAACAUGAAAAAGCUCUAUGGAUCUUGGUGAACAAAGAGCAAGACAUCUGUGCUGCAGAAAACUACUGCAGAAAGAAUUCGCUAGGCAGAGACAAGGUGUUUGGUAACAUGCUGUUUCUCAGCUUGUUGAAACUCUAUCUAGAUUCAGACACACCCAACUCAAAUGCAAUGGUGACUGCUGCAGUGGAUCUCCUCAACAAUAAUGCUGCUGCGUUUGACCCAGCCAGUGUCCUGCAGGUCAUUCCUGACUCCUGGUCACUGCAGCUGAUAUCCAAAUUUCUGGUUGCUUCUCUGAGAAGCAUGACUCAUUACAGAAGAAUGGGGAAAAUAGAGAGGAACCUGGCCCAGGCAGAGCACCUGCUGUACAGAUAUUUGUGGCAAGACGGCAGAGCAACUAGAAGUGGAAAUGCUGGUUUAUUUACAACAAAAGGCCUCCACAAGACAGUAUCGAUGGAAGAUUGAGAGAACCAUUUCUCUAAACCAUUUAACCCAUUCUAAGUCUGCCUACUGGGCACAAGCCACUCAAGGAAACACAAAAGUAGAAAAAGAAUAAAACAUGGCAUCUGUGCCACAGAUUUAUCUGGAGCCUGAGGGGGAUGUUGAUGAUGCACGCUGUGCAAGUAGAGAAAAUAGCAUUCCAGCAUAGCUGCAAUCAUUGUGCCAUGAAAAAGUCCUAUUGUAAAACAGCAGUCUUUAUUAUAACCAGGUCACGGGCAUCACUUUCAGACAUUUGUCUACACUGCAAAUUGUAAUUACUGUUUUAAUUGCUUAAUCACGGUUCUGUUUUUAUUUCUAAACUAGAGGGGCAGAAUGUUCUGUUCUUUGUGUAACAAGUAGCAUCUCAUAAAGCACCUCACAAAGAGGAAUAGAAUAUCAUAGUUCACCACACACAGAAGUCAUUGCAUUAUAGACGGACCAUGCAGUACUGACAUAAAGGUCAAUUUUAUGUGCAUACUAGAACCCCAGUGGCCCAUGAGACCAGAUCUCAUCCUGGUUUCAGUUCUGCUAAGCAGAACAGAAUCACGCAGCACAGUUUCAUACUGUAGUAAGGGAUUAUGUGUUGUGCAUAAUGUGAAACUCAAAUCGCUUAGUUUCAAAAUUGAAUCUGCUAUCAAUUCACUUUAAACAAUGAUCCUGUCCUCUGUGCACCGGUAAUUCUAUUUUAUAUAUGUGCAAGGCUUAGCAUACAUAUAUGAAUGAAGACUGUAUCUGUAUGUGACAAAUGUAACUAUACCUGCUUUCAACAGGAUCCUGAUAGUAAUCCUUAUAGAUCAUAGUAAUUAGUCAUCAGUACAGUGCUUGCAAUUGAUAUUUUGAGUUGACUGAUGUGUGGAAACAUUAAUAAAGACUGUUCUGGAAA